AUGUUGCAAAAGAUUGGAAUCACUGCGCCCGACCUGGCACUGAAUGGAGCAGAGGGUGUGGAGAAGGCAUCGACCAUCAACUACGAUCUCAUCCUGAUGGAUAUCCAGAUGCCAGUCAUGGACGGCUAUGAAGCAACGAGUAGGAUACGCAAGGGUGAAGGCACAUUGAAGCACACACCGAUUGUGGCCAUGACCGCCAAUGCGAUGGGUGGUCAGCGAGAAGCAUGUCUAAACGCAGGAUGUGAUGACUAUUUCUGCAAGCCACUCAAACAGAAGGAUCUGGAAACAAUGGUCAGGAAGUUCUUAGCAUAA